UUUGUUGUUUCCAUUUAGAUGGUGUAGUAGCCGUAUGGGGUGAGCAGUCAGAUGGAGCCAUUUUACACUCACCUCAAAUUGUCAAUCAACUAACGGGUAUUCCAAUUGUCAGAGUAGCCGCUGGCGGUCGGCAUUGUGUAGCUGUAUCAGCUGGUGGUGGAGUUUACGUAUGGGGUCACAACGAGUAUGGUCAGCUCGGUACAGGAGAUACACUGCCAAUCGUUGGCGGCUCCGUUUUUACUUGGAAGCCGAAUGAGCCGAUGCAUAUCAUUGGGCCCAUUGUGGCAUUCUCAGCAGUCGCUGUUACCGGUCUCACUAGGUGUAACGGCACGCCGAUUGCGUUGCGCCCCUUUGGUCUCAGAUGGCUCAAGCGGGCCCCAGGAUCCCCUCCCGGAGGAAUGGAAUUCAUUUACAGAUUUGACAAGCAUACUAAUCCAUCGGCAGUAACAGAAUUAAUGGGAAGUACAGUGACACGAGUGGCAUGUGGACGAAACCAUUCCGUGGUAGUAAUCGGAGGACGGUUGUAUCCCUUUGGUCAGAAUGCAAACGGCCAGUUGGGUAACGGUUCGGCGAUGAAUCAAGCGCUUCCUCGACAAACGGAUGAACUUGAUCAUGUUGAAGCUGUGUUCGCUGGAUUUGACCAGACUUUCAUUUUACGUUCCGUUGACACGCCUAUAAUGACUGCUGGACCUAAUUGCCCGCUCAAAACUCCAGUUUUUCUUAGCAAAGAAAAGGUGCUGGAUCUACUUGCUCGACAUGAAAAACUCGAUUUGAUAGGGUUGGUUGGUUUUCUUCUCGUUGCAUACUAUUUUUAG